AUGAACAGAAAUGGCCUUGUUUUCGUUCCACGUGAACCACCAAAACGUGUGAUUCUCUAUCCAUUGCAAGGCUCCACCAGUCAUCAGCAACAGCAACUCGAUGGAACCUACACGCGAACUAAAACAGAUCUGUUCAUAAAUCAACAUCAUGACACGUUAUCGCAAUCGAACAACAACAAUCGUCCUUCACGACAGCAAACAGCAUCUCACCCACUGCACAAUACUGACGCAACAGCACCUACUGCUUCAGGACAUACAACAGUUUUCAGUGCCGGUCAAAGAGUUCAGAAUCCUUUCUAUGCGAAUCCUUUCUUCCGUCCGAGAGUUAUUACUAAUCAACAGACAACAACCACAAAUAGUCUAAGACCCACCAGCCCAACUUCUUCUUCAACGACGACGACGACGACAACAACAACAACAACGGACAUUACCGCUCCAGCAAAUGAAGCGUUGCCGACAACAGUCGGAGCAUUGGUAUCUAAAGGAAGGCAACCUUUCUACCCCCGCAUACAGAGUCCACUUCUUUUUUCAAAUGGAAAACCACCAGAUCCUACAGGCACAACAAUGAUUUCAUCUCUACCACAGCAGGAAAGUCGUCCGUGGGCACAGUCGGCAAUAUCGACGCAUAUCGUGCGAUAUAAUGGUGCUAAUGAACGUUUAAAUGGAUCAUCAAAAACCCCUGAGGUUAAUACAAUCGCCAGUGAUACUUUGAAGCAAAAAGUUUCUUCCGCCACAGACAUUGUCAUCUCAUUAAUGGAUACUUCGGGUGGCGUACAAAAUCCUGGAAAUAUAUCCACAAAUGAUCAACCUGCUCGUACUAAUGGUGCAAACAACGAACUACUAUCAAAUGGUCACCUAUUGUCUUCUACGGAACAGUUACCUAGCGCUCCACCAGUUUCGCUAAUGGAAAUUUCAUCGACUGCUAAUAACAAUAAUCAAAAUUGGAAGAAAGCUUUAUUAGCAAAUUUCCAGAAAAACUAUCGAAAUAUUCCAGCCGCUAAACUAUCCUACACGAGACAACCGACAGCAUCAUCGUCGCAGACAACGAUCUCAUCUGUCAACGAGGCUGUCAAUCCACAACAACACCAGCAGCAGCAGCAGCAAAUGUCAGAAGGAUCGACAGUUAUAAAUGUAGUUGUUGUUGAACGUCCACCACAAACAUCUGACAAUCCAUUCAUUGUACCGAGUACUGCACGAAGAGCAUCAGAGAAUAUUAUGGUAUCGAAACCAGAAACCAAUCUUAUGGAACGUUCGUCGUCUUUACAGAUUCCAAAACCACCACUUUUGAGUACAUUAUCGACGGCAACAACAGUGAAUGUUACACAAAAGACUGAAGAAACAUCAAAUGCACAUCGUAUGCCUCAUUUUCCUAUGUCUAUUCCAUCUGCCUUACUGAUGUCUAAACCAGCACCACCGCCCACAACUAACAUUGAACAACAGCGAGCAAACAUUACCAGAGUAAUGAUCCGUCGUGAUUUCGUACAACCACUUGAAACCAAACCACCCAUGCCAUCGGUAUCGAAUAUACGUUCAUUGAUGACUUCUCAACCAACAAAAUCCGAUCCUAUAUCAACCAAUAAUGUGAUUCGUGUAGCAACAAUUGCCGAUAAUCCUAAUCGUACUUCUCAAUCCCACCAAUUACCACCAGCAGGUCCUCUGACGCAAAAAAGUCUCCUCUCAUAUACCACAUCUAGUUCUGCCGUGAAAGAAUCGCUUAGAACUGACAACAAUCAACAAAAGUCAAAUGGAACAAACUUCUCAUCGACAAUGACAACAAGACUAUCACAUACAGGUAUUCCGAAUGGUGACAUGUCGAGCAAUGAAUCACGCAGAAGACGAGAAAAAGUCAAUAUUAGAUCGAAACGAAGAGCUGCUAGUGCAUCAACCACAUCUAACUACGAGUAA